AUGUCCCAUAAUGUCGUGUUCAAUGAAGAAGAUAUUAAGAUCUUAACUAUAGAGAGAAUCAGAGAAAUGGAAGAGAUAAUGACACCGACUAAAUUCAAAGAAAUGAAGGGUUUGGAAACGUUCUAUACUCACGUCGAAUCUGACGAACUUCUCGCUACUACUGAAAUCAUGUUCUUGCCUACACACACAUCCAGUACAUCCAUUAGAGAAGACGAGUUUGAUGUCACUCUAAAUUAUCUCUGCAUCGUGCCGGGACUCGAAGGCCUCCACAGUCGGUUCGGCUAUAUGUGCGAGCGUCUCAAACUGCCAGCUGUCGUACUCCAGCCCGGUUUAGACAGACCGAACGAAACUAUUCAGGAAACAGCCAAAAAAUAUGCUCAAGUGUUUUUGAAGAAGAUUGGAUUAAAAAAAUACUUUUAUAUUUUGGGAUACGAAUGGGGAAUUCCAGUUGCAUUAGAAGUUGCAUCUAUAUUUGAAGGACAAGGAAUGAUUGGUACCAUCUUUUGUGUCGGACUCGAACCAGAAGCAUUAAAAGUUGCGCUUGAAGAAGAAUUAAGCGAAUACAAGAACGAGGAAGAACUAGAGAACGGCGUGUUAGAGCACAUGUUCAAGCUGAUGACGGGCGACAAGUGCGCACGACUGGACGAGAUGCUGCGCGGGUGUAACUCAUGGGACAAGAAGGUGGAGGAGUGCGUGCGCACGCUGCUGGGGUGCAUGUCGCACUCGGCGCAGUACACGCGCGCGCUGCUGCAGGCGGCGCUCGGGCGCAUCGCGCAGGCGCGCCGCUACUCCUCCGCGCUGCCGCCGCUGCGCUCGCGCGUGGUUCUGCUGCGCUCGCGCCGCGCGGCGCCUGCAUGCCCGCAGCAGCUGAACGCACUCACGAGCGGCGAGGUGUCGGUUCACGAGCUCAGCGCGCCGCUCGGUCACGCCGCCCGCGACGCGCGCUGCGCCGCCAUCGUUAACUCAUAUUUGGAUCCAGAGCUAAUACACAACUUCGAUAAUGAGAGUCUUUGCGAUACGUAUUUGCUUAACGCGGACACCUUCAUAAGUAUGUCUAUUGAAAGCGAUAAAUAG